UUGCAUUUUUAUUUUUUUUUUUGUUUUUUUUAACUUUCCCCUGGAUCGAAUCCAACGCCGAUCCUGUUCUCAAAUAAAACCCUAGUAAACAAUUCCCUCGUUCCCACUCCGUCCAUCUCCUCCGUCUCCGGCGCCGGGAGCUUCACCGGACGGUGAAUCCGUCCCAUGGAUUUCCAGGUCGUCGUCCUCGCCGGGGGAGCUUCGGAGAAGCUCGCCCCCCUCGUCUCCAAGGAGGCCCCAAAAGCGCUUCUCCCAGUAGCCAAUCGCCCCGUGCUCUCCUACGUCCUCGAGCUCCUCGAGGCUAGCAAUCUUAAGGACGCCAUUGUGGUAGUUGAGGGGGAAGAAGCCGCCCUUCGCGUCGGCGGAUGGAUAUCAAGUGCUUAUGUAGAUCGCCUUCACGUAGAGGUAGCUGCAGUCCCCGAAGAUAUUGGAACUGCUGGUGCAUUACGAGCUGUUGCGCACCAUCUUACCGCAAAUGAUGUUCUGGUUGUCAGUGGUGACCUUGUUUCCGAUGUACCUCCUGGAGCUGUGGCUGCUACUCACAGAAGACAUGGUGCAGCAGUAACUGCACUGCUGUGUCCAGUUCCUGUCAGUGGACCUUCAGAUACUGGAUCUUCUGGAGGAAAAGAUAAAGCUAAAAAACCAAUUCGCUGCAACAUUGUCGGGUUGGAUUCUACAAGGCAAUUUUUGUUACAUAUUGCAUCAGGGGCUGAGGUUGAAAAAGAUAUUCGGGUUCAGAAAAGUAUUCUUCGUGCUGUAGGUCAGAUGGAAAUCAGAGCUGAUCUCAUGGAUGCUCAUAUGUAUGCAUUUAAGAGGACUGUUCUGCAGGAUGUUUUGGAUCGCAAGGAAACAUUUCACAGCAUUAGGCAGGAUGUGCUACCGUAUCUUAUUAGAACCCAACUGAGGUCAGAAAUAUCAACAAACGAAGUAUCUAAGUAUGAAACUGGGAAUGGUGCAGUUCCUUCCAAUAAAAAUUUGAACUGGCUCUCUCAACAUCGAGAAAUUGCUCCUUCUUCUUUCCAAGAAUGCUAUGUUUCACCUUCCAGUGCUCAAUUGGAAUCUCCAAAAUCACAUAAAUGUUGUGCUUACAUAUCUAGCAAAAGCAAGUAUUGUGCCCGAUUGAACUCUGUUCAGGCGUUUAAUGACAUAAACCGAGAGGUGGUAGGAGAGGCUAGUCACCUAUCUGGUUAUUAUUUCUCCGCACAAAACAACAUCAUCCAUCCAUCUGCUGUUCUUGGAUCUAAAACUACGGUUGGUCCUCAAUGCAUGGUAGCUGAAGGCUCACAAUUAGGUGACAAGUGUAGUGUGAAGCGAUCUGUAAUUGGUCGCCACUGCAGAAUCGGUUCCAAUGUAAAGAUUGUGAACUCUGUUGUGAUGGAUCAUGUGACUAUUGAAGAUGGAUGUUUCAUUCAAGGGUCCGUUAUAUGCAGUAACGUGCAGCUUCAAGAGCGCGCUGUUUUGAAAGAUUGUCAGGUUGGAGCAGGCUACGUUGUUACUUCUGGGAGCGAGCACAAAUCAGAGGCUCUCUCUAAAAAGUAGAGUAAACCAGUUUUGUGAGUUUUUCUCGCUCUCAUAUAAAAUAGAAUAACCGAGUUUUGUAAGUUUUUCUGCCACAUUUAUAGAUCUUUAAAUCUAUCCAUGCGCUAUAUUGAAUGUAUGGUUGCUUUCGCAAAUGGACUGGAAUUAGAAAAGAGUGUUUGCGGAUUUUUAUUGGGUCUUCUUUUAUUGAGAUCGAUUUAAUCUCGAUUAUGUAAGUUUUUUU